AUGAAUACUUGGACAAAAUUUUGGUGGUGGAACUCAGGAACAACUUGGCCUACAACGGUUAAGGAUGUGUUAGAAAAAGUAUAUGGCACGUGUAACACUUCAGACUAUUGCUUCCAACGGUUGCCAGCCUGGACGAAAGAGAACAAAACCGAGUUACUGGCUGUUGACUCUCUGGGAACAAUCUAUCAAUGGAAAUUUGAUACCAUAAACCCAACUGGGCAUGCUGUUUGGCUAGCUCUUCACGAUCAUCAGGAAACUGCUGCAACAAAGGUAUUUUACAAAGUAUUGAAAAGACUUUGAAAAGGGAACACUUGUAAGAAGUUGUACACGAUCGUGGGUUUCGCGGCUUUACGAAACAAUUUUACAGGUGGUUAUAUGUUCUUCUGUUAUGAACAUAGAUGUACGGCAAGGAAAAAAUUAGGGGGGGGAAGCUGAAAGAAAUUUGCCCGACUUUUUCGGAUUGUGCCCGACAAGUGCCGAAAAAUUUUUUUCCGGAACAAUUUAUUUUGGCGACCUCCCCCCUUUUUUUGACUACUUUUUGCCCGACUUUUGUUGAGCAUUUGCCCGACUUUUCGACUUUGUAAUCUUGUUGGGGGGGGGGGCAGCUGCCCCCCUCCCCCCCCCGUACGCCUAUGGUCAUGAAUUUAAAUGACUGACCAGCCAUAAUAAUUAUUAACGAAUCACUUAUUUUUAAGGGUUUUGAUGGAAAUUUCCAUUGUUCAAAUUUUAUACAUUUAUUAUAGACCUAACAAGGAGUAUUUGCGGAAAAUGCAACUAUAGGUCCUCCGGCAGAAUUUGAAAAUACAGACAUGCGAUUCCAGUACUAGAGCAGCAGUCUAACCAACUGAGCUGCAGAGGCCAUUUGUCGAUUCCCGCCAGAUGACUUCCAUUUCUCACAACUACUCCUGGUUAGGUCUAUUAAAUAUAUAACAUUUACACUCUAAAUUUUUAUCUACAAAAUCCUUCUACAUAAUUAGUUCUAUCGCGUGAUAUCAGGUCCGUCCACAGGACGUACUGACGAACGAGCUUGUACCGACCACAUGCUUGCCAUGGAAUGUUGUAAAAUAUCCGAUGGAGGUCAACUACGGAGCCAUUUUUGGAUUAAGGGAACUACACCGAAACGUCGAAGGCAUGAGUUUAGUAGGGGGAUCCGGGGAAUACUCCACCGGGAAAUUUUGACACUUGAGACCUCUCAGAGCACCGGAAAUGCAAUCAAAUUUACUAGUUGCUGUUAAAAAGUUUCUUAAUAGACGACUCUUAGGUCCCAGUUACACAAUACCGGAUUCGCAUCGCAGCGAAAUCAAAUUUACUGCUUGGAGAUGAAUUUUGCACUUAAAAUUAUGGUAACAUAGCAUAAUUAAACAAAAACUUCAUAUAUGAAAAGUUGUAAUAGCAGACAAAACUGGAAAACACUUUAAAUUGAUGUCGCUCCAAUACGAAUCCGGUAUCGUGUAAUCUCUAAUAAACAUUACCUGUCAUUUGUUUUAUCCAACAAGAAAUAGAUUUAAUUAAUUAAUUCUUUAGCGGCCCAUCCCAAAUCAUUCAUCCGCUAGCGGUUGACGGCUUUGUGUUUUCAUAUCUUCGGUUCAGUGCAUGCUAUGAAGAUAGGAAUACCACCAUUCGACUCAGAAAUAAAAGAUUCAACUAAUUCCUCCCUAUAGUUUUAGUCAUUAUCAACAUUGUAGCGAUUUAUGGGCCUUUGAAGUCAAACAUGAUCAUAUUAUAUCAAAUUACGCAAUUGUCUGAACAAAAAUAUAAACAAGCCAUACAUUUCGCCGAAAAUAACUUCGGCCCCUUCGAACAUAUCCUCUUUAUAAUAGCCUUGUUCGAAUCCCCAUCAAAAACACUAUUUAGAGUGUUAUUUUCUUGCCUGUAUCUUCAAAUCUGUACCUUUUAUCAAUAUAUUUCCAUUUCUUGUCCGGCUGUGAGCUUGAAGUGAAUUCAGCGCCAGUAUUACAUGACGUAUUGCCUUUGAUAUGCGCCCGCGAGUGACGGUGACGUUUAUAUAGUCUAGCGCAUGUUUUGUUUACUUGGAUUAAUUUCGGCUCCUUGAAUGAAAAGGUUGCCUCUUGUUUAAAUAUAUUUUUAUCUAUGGAUUGUGUGUAUGACUUAUCGUCUUAUUAACUGGCGUGGUGGCAGCGCGGUUGAACUUACGCCAAGUUAUCGGCGUCAGGAAACAACUGAGUGUUAAAUGCCGAUCUAUGUCUAACUCUGAAAUUACAAUUUAAGUCAACACUUCGAAUAUUUCGCUGUAAAGCACUUCCAUCGGAAAAAUAGUAGCAGUUAUGGCUAGUACUCAUCCGAGCUCCAAAGCAAUGGUGCCUUUCAAAGAUCGAGACUAUAACUAGCUUUGAAAACUGGAGGCAGAAUUUAAUCUACACUUUGUCACUUGACAGCAAUUUCGCACCAUUCCUGGCCGAAGACGCUACGUGGGGAAAGAAGACUAGGGCUCAGCCUUUACGUGGGUUUACAGAUGACGGCGAAGCCGUUGCCCAGAACAGUCGUCAAACAGCCCAACAGAAAGUAAAUUUCUUGGAACUUAUGCUUGGUCAAAUAGCAAAUUAUUGCCCAAUCAUAUCUAGGAACACUUUGGUCAAAAAUUCAACCUCUAUACAGUCUAUCUGGAAUACAAUACGAGAACACUUUGGUUUCCAAGUGACAGGAGCACACUUUCUUGAUUUCGCAAAUCUACGCUUAGAAACAGACGAGCGUCCUGAAGACCUAUACCAGAGAUUAGUAGCCUUUGUCGAGGACUGUUUACUUCGAGCUAACAGCCUCUCCCACCAUGGGGUGCAGCUUGCUGAAGAUGAGGAGUUAUCAUCAACUGUUGAAAAUCUUAUUGUUCUCACUUGGCUCAGACUUAUCAACCCUGAGUUACCAAAAUUAGUAAAACAAAGGUACGGCACAGAGUUAAGAUCACGAACACUGGCGUCUAUCAAACCAGAGAUAUCACAGGCCCUGUCCUCAUUGCUGGAGGAAAUUCAUUCAGCUGAUGAUGCCAAAAUAAUGCGUACAGCAGUUAGCAGCUAUCGAAAGCCUGGUAGUGAGAGACUGCUUGCUAGACCAAAUACCAGAUCAAAUCGACCACUUAAGUCAUGUCCCCUUUGCAAACAAGCUGGCCGCACUAACAGCAGCCACUUUUUGAGUGAAUGUAACUUCCUGCCAGACCAAGAUCGCAGAUACAUGGUAAAAGCCAGACAGAUUGCAGAAAUUUUAGAAGAUAUCCCCGAAUCCGAGAGUAGCAUAAAUUGA